UUAGCCUUUCAGGCGUCUCUUAAUCUCAGGUCAAAUUAUCUUAAACAUUUAAAUGAGCCAUAUUGGAUCAUAGACACAUUGCAUUGAACAUUUUAUAAUAGAUUACUGAGUGUCGCGUGGGAUGUUACUGCUAAAUUUACAGCCACCUCUGGAUUUUUACCUUUUACUGUAAGGACAUUGCAUCUGACAGGCAAAACUCUGGGAACAAUCACCACAAACAACUCAAUCCUAACAACCUACAUCAACCCGCCAAAUUCUAAAGCUAAAUACGGUGGCGUUAUGUCGGCUCUCUCUGCUAUAACUGUUUAAGUAUUACAGUAAACUGCUCCUGAAAAUGGCGCUGUGGAGCGAAGUUGAACUUCUGACCAACGAAGAUACAAAUACAGUCCGUUUCGAUGGUGUGUCCCGGGAGGAAAACAGCAGUGGCCUGUAUCAGGUGGACACGUUGGUCAAAGUCUCCAGUGCUAAUGAGGUGCAGGCAGAUCCCAAUCUCACGUCCUCGAGCGGCUCAAACUGGAGUUUUAUUGUUGCUGACAGGACAGUCAUCCUGUUUGAUCAGAGCUAUCAGAGCAUCCUCCUGCUUCUUAACUUUGAAACUGAUGUGGACGCCAUUGACGUGUGCCUGAAGGGAAAGUUUCUGGUAGUUUGUGAAAGAAAUGGAAACCUUCAUUUGAUCUACGUUCCGCAAAAGAGGAUCCUCUUAACCCGGGCUUUGGUUGAGAAACCAAAUGGAGAUAAGAAAACCUACUGCUAUCUCAUCAUGGAUGAAGACAAGGCAUCCUCAGGAAUGUACCACAUGUUCCUUCUCAUUAAGGAUGGUUUUUUCCACAUUACAAACCUUUCCUUGGCAAAGAUUGAGUCAGCUAUUGAAAAAAUGGAUGUCGGAGCUCUAAAGGAGCUCCAGUCUUUGAUCAAGAUAGAUUUUUACUCCACCAAGGAUUACCAUGAGGAGGGUUGUAGCACAGCAGUGAUGUUCAGUCUGGGCCAUGAAGUCCACCUGAUGAUUGGGGUCAGUGUCUAUCAGUGUGUAAGGAAGAUGGUGGUGGUGGAUAACCUUUUGUACAUCCUCGACACUGAGGAUGUUCUGAGUCUUUGGGAUCUGCACUUUCUUGUCAUGAUUCACUGUUGGCCAGAACUCGCCGUUCAUGACUUUCAGCUCACUGCAGAAUGUGGCUCUGCCUCCAUGGUGGCCCAAGAUAAAGGCAGCAUGAAGAUGAUCAUGCUGACAAAGCAAGACAACAGUCAGAUCAGCUCACUGCAAAUACGAUUCCUGCCCUCUAUGACUGUUUGCUACUCUCUGGAUGUUUCCUUUGUCUCCUGUCUUGUCCACACAAAAAUAAACAUGGAUGCAUUUUAUUUAGUCGAGGGGAUUUGUGAGAACCCAGAGAGUCGAAGAGAGCCAGUCGCUUCUGUGGUUGUUCGAUCCUUCACAGAGGCUUUACCUGAAAACAGGCUGAGCAGGCUUCUUCACAAACACAUGUUUGAAGAGGCUGAAAAGUUUGCCAUCACAUUUGAACUGGAUUUAGAGCUUGUCUAUAAGGUGAAGCUUGACUUUGUGCUGGAGCAGCUGGCCUCUGCAUCAGUGGGCGGUUAUGGAGAGGAUGUGUGGUCUGAACUGGUCGAAGAAGCCAAGACAAACCUGAUGAAGAUUACAGUGAGUAUUAUAACAGUACUGUCAUCAUCCUGCCAGCUAAGAGAAGGAGACAUGAAGGGUGCACAGCUUCUUUGGCUCAGAUAUGAGGGUCAGAUUGCAACCAAGUUCAGUGAGAGCAGCCUUGAAGCCAUCCUCAGUGCCAUCCCAGAGGACCUGCCCUCACAGGAUCUCUGCCUGUGGUUCAAGACAGUUUUUGUUCCCUUUGUGAGGAGGGUGUUACCACAAGGACAGAGAAUCCUGGCAAAGUGGCUCGAGCAGAAAGCAAGAAAUCUGGAGUUAACAGAAAAGCGUGCUUGGCCUCAGAAUGGGUUGGACCUGGCUGUGCUUGGACUGCCCUCUUUAUGGACAUGGAUGAAAUCUGAUAACAGUAAUUGUGUAGAAGAGGUGGAAAACCUCAAAUCCCUGGUGUCCAACCUACGUCAGCUGCUGGACCUACAUCAGAAAUACAACUGCUCACUUUCCCUUUCGGUCUUUGAAAAGAAGACUGUGUGGAGUGUGGCAUUUUUCAUGCUGGACAAAGUGGCGGCUCCGGAGCUAAUCGCCGCCACAGUGGAAAACAGCAUCAGGCCGUACACUGAAGAACACAAGAUUCCUUUUGAUGAGCUACUUCUGCAAUACAUCAAGGAUUUGCUGGAACGCUGCAGUUCUCAGACCACGACACUUUUCACUGAAUGGGAAGCUAAAGCAGUGGCUGUGCUCGGCUGCAUGACUGACACUGAUCUGAUGGUUGAUGCCGUGCUGGAGAUCAUGCAGAAGGCUGUGGUACCGUGGAGUAAUGUGGUUGAAAAACUGGUCCAGCAGUACCUAGAGAUGGAUGGACCAAAGUAUGAUUAUAUCAUUGUCUCCUUCAAUGGAUAUCAGGCCCUUCGUCUCACAUCGUGGGCCAGGAUGCAGCUGGAGGAUAAAGAACACAUAUCUGAUGAGCACAAGAAACAUCAGAUGGUGAUAGCUCAGGUGAUGGUGGAAACUCUGAAAUACCUGCAUAUAAUCCAAAAACAUGAUGCUCUAAAAAGCGUAGAGUGUGAGAACAACCUCAUCAUGUUCAAGGCGAUCGCCCACCUGCAGGAGGACUUUGAUAUUUUUUUCACUCCCUCCAACUAUGAGGAUCCAAACAUUCGAAAACAGAUCCAGGAACAUCACAUCACAGCGUACGAAAACACCCGUGGCCGCCGUUCAUGUAAGGGGAAGGCCACAACAACUCCAGUUGUAGCUAACGAUCCAGAUGGCAAGACCAAGACGAUCUCCACAGAAGCUGGUUUGCGCCGUCUGGGGAGGCAGCUGCAGCGCACCGAGCAGGAGCUGUGGUCUGAUUUGGCCUUGAGGGCUCUGAAAGUUGGCAAAGUUGACAAGGCGCUCAAGAUCCUGAGUGAGCUGUAUGAGCACCACUAUAACAGCAGCACAGGGAAGGUUUUGUUUACUGCUGCCAAGAUGUUAUGCCAUAUGCUGGAGGCGGAUGUCCCCAUGGUGCUUCCUGAUGGCAUGGAUUUGCCAGCAGUGAUUCAUGAUCUGGCCUGUCAGGCUAUCACCGUGUGUCAUUCAGAUCUUCUCCUGGAUUGUCUGGAGCUUUGCAAAUGUACACGGUUUGCUAUGGAUGUCUAUCAUCAGUGUCAGUUAUCAGACAACUAUGGCUUCAUCGUCAAGGAUUUGACACCGGAGGCAGAAAGUUCAAACUACCUGCGGCCGCUCUUCGGUCCCCUGGCCAACAUGUUACAGAUGUUACAGGAGUGCAGUCAGCUGGAAUUGGCCCUCAGAGUGCUGGUCAACGCGUACGGCAGCUGCCUGCAGCAUGUCACCUCAAACGUCAUGGAUAUAAAGCUGAGCCUACAGCUUUAUGACGCACAAGAGCUUAAGAAGUACAACCUGUGCCUGAACGAUCACAGGAAGACAACUACGUCUACUCUGAAUGCUGUGGCUGUGCCACUGUUGAACAAGGUGUUAAACUGGAGGGUGGUGGAUUGUGAUUUGGCUAUUGGUCUCUGUACACUCCUCUCCAAAGCAGAGGUCUUCAAAAUACUGUGGAAAGUUAUUGACAACACCUGGCAAAACUAUGACAAGAUUUUGGCUGUGGCGAGGAUUGGAGCAAAUCUCUGUAGUUUAUAUAACGAGGCAGAAGAACAGAGGAGGUUUCUCUCUGUCAUCACUGAUGCUGAGUGGGGAAUCAAGCUUGGCAAAUUGGAGAUAUCAAUCCAGCCAGUGUUCCGUCAGCGGUCUGAGAUGAAGAGCACUCUGAUCCCUGUUUUAGUGAAAAACAAGAGAAUCACCCCAGACAUUAUCCUCCAGUACUGCAGCACCUACGAUCUGGACCAUGAUAGUGUAAUCAACCAGUACAUUACCACCUUACUGCUGCUCCAGGAGGAUGAGGAAGGUGCAGGUGAUCCAGCUGUCGGUCAGGAGGAGGCGCAACCUCUGUCUCACACUGACACGCUGGAUCGAGUCCUGCAGAUCAUCCCAAUGUUACGCAACACCAGCAAGCUCACAGAUAACCUCUGUGCUGCCAUAUUCAAGCUCAGCCCAUACAACUACGAGAGAAUAGAAGUGGUGCUGAAGAUCAUACAGGCUGCAGAUGAGAACGUGACCAGCCUCUCUGUUGGUCAGGCGAUGGGUCUCCUGCAGCAUCUGAAGUCCUACACGCGAGUCUCUCCUCCCACAGACGUGGAGAACACACAUCUACUCGAAACCGGUCUGCUGCCAAACCCCCUUUCCAGCAGCAGACUUCCCUUCCACCUGCUUAUGCAGACCAAGCAUUACUGGAAGAUUAUCUGUCCUGAGCUCAGUGAGGAGACCUUCCCCACACUUCUGCUGAUUAGCAAACUCAUGAAGGUGAGCCUUGACAAGCUCUACAUGUCAGCAGCAAACCAUGUCUUUGAGAAGAAAAUGAAGCCGUUAAUCUUAGAGCAAAGGAAAAUGGGUCAGGGGCAUUGUCAAAACAAGGAGACUUUCAAGGUGGCGAAGACUAUGAUGAAGUACAUCAAAUGUAUCCAAAGCCCAGAGUGGGCUGCUGCCACGGCCCACAAGAUAACCCAGGAGCUUCCGCCAGGCUAUGAGAAGACACAGUCACUCAGGUUCUGUUUGGCACUUGGAGACACUUGGUUAAAGGAUCCACACCUUGAUGAGGCAGCACGGGCCAGAGGAGACACCUUUCUGUCCAAGCUGAAGCUACAGUUUCAGCGCUCAGCCACUGAGAAUACUUUAAUAUCCAGUCAGCUGAACAGCCCAGAGCUGAUGAAGCUGUCUGGGCUGCCAGGCAGGCUCAUAAUGGCCCUGUACGAGCACAGCAGUGUGGAACAGCGUUACAAAGAGUCAGGAGGUCAGACGUAUCCAGAUAUACAUGGUGCAGUUAAAGAAAUAGCCACAGUCAAUAAUGUGGAUCUUCUAAAAAUUCGUACCAUGUUGUUAGAAAAAUGGAUCUGCAAGACGGGCCCGGCUGUGGUCAAGGAUAUUGGGUAUAGUGACUGUGUCAGCAACAUUGAGGAGGACCCAGACUUGAUGAGGGUGGUGUACAUGCUGCAGUCCUGCUCGAUGCAAGAUGCUGUCCGUCAUCUGAGCCCUAUCUUAACUGCAGAAACUUGGCCGCUUAGCACAUCUGGGCCUCGUCUGACCUUCUGCCAUCGGACUCGAGCGCUACUCUGUCUCGUCCGCCUCGCUGAUGCACCCAUUCUGGAGGCUCAGCUGCAAAUCCCCAUCACCAAAAUCCCAUAUUACCUGAAGUGUUACAUCUUUGUCUCGCAACUGGAAGCAUUAAACAUCCCGUACACAGUUCAGUCCUUUCUCAGUAGUCCCAAAGAGGGUUUAGUUAAAGGGCUUUGGAAGAACCACAGUCAUGAGCCUCAGGCUGUGCGGUUGGUAGCAGACCUGUGCCUGGAGUACCAGAUUUACGACCCUCAGCUGUGGAACAGCCUGCUUCAGAAGCUGCUCGGCUUCAACCUGAUCAGCCACCUCCAGAAGGUAUUGGAGGCAAUAGUGGCUGUUCCGGCUUUGUGGGAGAUUUCAAGUUUCUCCCGGACCUGGAGGAGCAUGAUACUGGCACCUUUUGUCUCAGCUUCUGUUCCUCUGAGUCCAGAUCAGCAGGCGAUGCUCUACAGGACAUUUGUUCUCCUCCUCAAGUAUGCCUCACUCACAUUCAGCUAUAACCACCAAACUGAUUCUUUCAUGGACUUCUUGUGUUUUAAUAGGGUAGCAUACUGUAUUGUCCUGCCAAAACAGGGUGUGGUGCUGCUGCAAGAAUGGUACAAGUACUGGUUGGAGCACCUCAUCUCGGUGCCUCAGUGCAGUCAGAUUUCUUCUGAGAACGAUCAGGGAAUGCAAGGCUGCUGCAGCAGAUGCAUGCAGGCAUCCAGGGUGCCAGUCAGGGAGACUGUGUUAACUUUCAUCAGCCAGAAUGGACAGCAUCAGAAACUGCUGAAGACGAAACACUUUAGCCAUCUGAAGCAGCUCAUAGUGUCGAGUGGGCAGCCUAACCAAGUGAAAGAUUUGGUGGACUAUCUGAUCAGCCAGAACUGCCAUGAUGAUGCUGAAUCACUCGCUCGUGAGUACAUUAAACACAGAGAGCGUCAGCGAGGGAAAACCCUGACAAAUGGCUCGUUGUCAUCCAGCUGCCUGAAGGACUUUCUUAACAUGCAACACGGAGUAUUGAGAUGAACCAGCACUGUUGCUUCAGCCGUGUUUAUAUAAUCCUCCUUGGUCUGCUUUAGGCUGAGAUGCAGUAUUUGCACUUCACAUUUAUCUUUCAGCUGUAAUAUUUGAAUAACCUAUUCAUUUAUGAAAACUGUGGAGAUGAGCUAUGAAGCAGCAGAUCACACGUCAACUUUUAUUUUCCACUGUAACUCCAAGUUUGUUUCCUACGAUGUGUAUUGAGUUUAACUGUUGAUUUUCAUUGCACAGCCACACUUUGUACAAUAUUUUGAAGUUAAAGUACUGUCCCACAUCGGUUCUAAAAGAAAGAGGAGCAGUAAUCCUAAUAAAUGAUGUACACUGUGUUGCCAAAAGUAUCAGCUCAUUUGCCGUCACACACAUUAAGGAACAAAGCAAUCUUACUUCAUGGAAUUUUAUAUGAUGUUUGCCGAACCUUUGCAGCUAUAACAACUUCAACUCUUCUGAAAAGGCUUUGUAAAAGAUUUAGGGGUGUUUAUGGGAUUUUUAUUUAUUUUUUUGUUAAACCAGAAGUCCUGUCUUUGCUCUACUUCAUUCCAAAGUUGUUCUAUCAGGUUUAGGUCAGGACAGUCAAGUUCUUCCACACCAAACUCGCUCAUCGAGCUCCCACAGGGCAAGAGGCAGGGUUCACCCUGAACAGGUCACCAAUCUGACGCAGGGCUAAGACGACCAUUUGCACCGAUGGGCAGUUUAGAAUCAAACCCCACUAACUGCAUGUCUUUGGAGUGUGGGAGGAAGCCGGAGUACCCAAAAAGAAAAUGUGAACUCCACCCAGAAAGGUCCCGACCAGAUGGUGGUUUCGAACGCGGGACCUACUUGCUGUGCUCACAUUUUCCUAAAGUUAUUUCUGUUUUCUUUUUAAAUACUUGUUACUUUCACAUUUAUAUGAACAGCUUCCUUAUCUUAGUCGUACUUCUUUGGUUCAUCAACUUUUUUUUAAACACUGGUCUCGUUUCUGAUGGACUACUUCCCGUCACUCGCUGUUAGAAGUGACUGUGUGAUAUUUGAGAGGAAGUGUGCACUCACACUGAGACCGAUCCAAGCUGAACUUUAUCCAUUCUGCAUUUUUCAAAAGAUUUAUAAAUUUUGGUCCUCCAGUUUUUUCUUCUCCUUUGCAGCUGUCACUCAUUCAGGUGUGCAGAGAUUAUGUAUCACAUGUUUGCCCAUCAAGAACGCUCAGCAAGUUUACUUGUCAGUGGUUUAGCCACACAUGGUGUGCCCUUAAAUGGACUUAUAAAGCUCAUCUGUUCCCAGAGAGGAGCACAUUAAAUUAAUGUCACGGGACUUCCUUUUCAAACUCACUUGCCUCAUGGGAAACGGAAGACUUUGUAUUCUCUGCGUGGCUUUGUGUUAAAAUGACAGUUUUAUUUUCAUCUAAAAUGGCCAUUCUGUGAAACUGGUGUCCAGAUUUAGUCCGGUCCUUGUUCAAGGAACCUAACUCAAGGUAUGAAUCAGUGUUGCCCUAGCAUUAUAGACAACUUGCCAAAGAACCAUGUUUAAAUUGUAUCUUUUGGGACUUUGUUACUAGAAGCAAAAACUAAGAAUUUGUUCCUAUUUUUUCAGUUUAAUCAAAGAAAGGUCAAUAUACUAACACAGUUUGACAGACUCCCUUGUCUAAGAAAGACCAGACUGCUUCAAUAAAUCGGUGGAUGCGUUUUUCUGCUAAAUAUUUCUUUUUAAAUUGAGGGGUGGAUCAAGACUUUUGCAUAGUAUUCUACAGAUUGUGUUCAUGUAUGUAAAAAGGUCUGAGAAAUAUGAGAUUAAAUAUGUUUAUACACUCAAACUGUUGCCUUUCAGAAAACACUAUAUAAAGAUAUAUAAACCAAUGCAUGUUUUUAAAUGCAAUUUGUAUCAUUUAUGUGUUUUCAAUGAUUCAAGGACUUGUUUAAGCUGCACAAGAACCAUAAUUUUAGCUGAGUGUGAAUUAAAU